AUGUCCGACGACGAGGUUGAUCCUGAACUGCUGGAGCUUCUCCGACAACGACUGGGCAUCUCCAAGCCCUCAAACGAGAUACCCCGGGAGACAGGCGUCCUCCGAGAUGCAGAUUUCAUCUACAGCAACUCCAUUGACGUCCUCAUCGAUAUGCACGGCACAAAAGCGGCAGCAGCAGCUAUAUAUUCCAACAUGCGGGAGCGUAAUUACUCUCCUGCGGCCUGGCGUCAGCAUGAGCUGCAUCCGCGAGCGGAGGAAGGAUUUAGCGAGCUGGACAUUGUGAACUUCGUCUUCACGAUGGAUAUACUGAACUUUUCAUUCUGGUCCGAUCUCGGAGCCGAAGAACGAUACCAGGUCGAGUAUCGCGGCAAACGUUGGACAGGGUACAACAGUCUUGUGGCGUGCUUACGAAGAGCGCUCGACGAAGGCAUUCCCAUCACGACUCCCAAGUUCUGGCGAAGUCGAAGAUGCACCAACGACGUCCUCGGACAGGUUUUCCGAAGCGCCACCGCGGAGCAGAUCUCUUUGCUAGACGAGAGGAUCAGGUUGCUGAGAGAUACGAGCGAAGUGUUGAGAGAAGUGAUCACACCCGACUCCUCCGUCCUGCGCAUAAUUGAGCUUGCUUCCCAUUCCUCCGGGAGACUGGUCAACCUCCUUGCCCAUCACUUCCCCUCCGCCUUCUCCGAUACUGCCCGAUUCGACGGUCGGCGAGUACGCCUACUCAAACGAGCACAGAUCUUUGUCGCCGAUUUAUGGGCUGCGUUGGAGAGCAAAGGAGCCGGUCGAUUCGAGGAUAUCGGGGAUGUGAGCACGGGCUUGACUAUGUUUGCCGACUACCGCGUGCCUCAGAUCCUUUGCAAUCUCGGAGUGCUCAGCUAUAGCCCACCGCUGAACUAUCGCAUUCGAGACGGGAAGCCCAUUGAAAGCGGUCAUAGCUGGGAGGUGCAAUUACGUGGCUGUUCCAUUUGGGCCGUCGAACUGAUUCGGCGAGAGAUCUUACGACUACAUCCGGAAGUCAACGAAGAAGUCGAGAUCAAUGCGGUACUCAUCGACUUCUUCUUGUACGACUUGGCCAAAGAGCGGGAAGAUUCAGCGGACAUGCCUCAUCACCGGACACGAUCAAUAUGGUACUGA